AUUUAUACACCAAUGACGAUAAAAUUGAACCACCCUUCUCCUAAUCCUUAAAAUAAUGCGGGCACAGAUAUUUGAAUCCAAACUACAAGUAUUGUUUUCAUUCUCCAAAUCCUUAUUUCCCAGAAUUAAAAUUGUCAACGCCAAACUCAAAUAUUCAAGCUCAUCAAUGGCGACGCAUGAAUCAGGAGAGAGAAUGACAACGCCGCCGAUUGCCAAGAAGGAGAAACAUCAGAUUGAGAUGUUCGGCGACGUUAGAAUCGACGACUAUUAUUGGCUCAGGGAUGAUUCUCGCUCUAAUUCCGAUAUUCUCUCUCAUCUUCGCUCUGAAAAUUCUUACACUGAUUUCGUCAUGUCCGGGACCAAGCAGUUCGAAGAAAAGUUGUAUGCAGAGAUUAAAGGACGAAUAAAGGAGGAUGAUAUGUCUGUUCCGCUACGGAAAGGGAACUACUAUUACUAUGAAAGGACCCUGGAAGGGGAGGAGUAUGUCUGCCACUGCAGGCGUCUUGCUUUGGACGAUGGAACCCCGUUGUCGGUGUCUCAUACUAUGCCCACCGGCCCUGAGGCUCCUCCUGAGCAUGUUAUACUUGAUGAAAAUGCUAAGGCUAAGCAGCACGCCUAUUACUGCGUUCAUGCCUUUAAAGUUAGUCCAAACAAUAAGCUGGUGGCAUAUGCUGAAGAUACUAAAGGGGAUGAGAUUUAUACUAUACAUAUCAUUGAUGCUGAGACUUUAGAACCUGUUGAAAAGCCUCUAGUGGGUGUGACGUGUAAUGUGGAAUGGGCAGGUAACGGGGCCUUGUUAUACACCACGUUGGAUGAGAUCCUUCGACCAGACAAGGUGUGGUUGCAUAAUUUGGGAACAGAACAAUCAAGUGACUCUUGCCUUUAUCAUGAGGAAGAUGAAAAGUUUAGUCUUGGUAUUAAUAUUUCUGAGAGUGAGAAGUUUUUGUUUGUUGCAUCUGGAAGUAAAACUACGAGUUUUGUCUUCUACCUGGACACUUCAAAACCUGAAGAUGGCCUCAAGGUUUUGACUCCUCGGACAGAAGGUGUAUCCACAUAUGUCGGUCAUCGUGGUGACCAUUUCUUUAUAAGGAGGAGGACUGAUGCGUGCUUCAACUCGGAAUUGCUAGCAUGUCCACUGGAAAAUCUGUCUGCAAUGACAGUUCUCCUUCCACAUAGGGAAAGCGUAAAAAUUAGAAACUUCCAGCUUUUUCAGAACCACCUUGUCGUGUUUGAGCGUGAAGGUGGUCUCCCUGAGGUAGUUGUCUAUCGUCUUCCUGCCAUAGGGUUGCCACUUGAAAACCUUUCUGGGGGCCGCAAAGUUGACUUUGUUGAUCCUGUAUACGAUGUGCAUCCUGUGGAGUCGCAAUUUUUUUCCAAUGUUCUAAGAUUUUCAUAUAGCUCCUUGAGGACUCCUCCUUCUGUAUAUGACUAUGACAUGGACAGUGGAGAGCGUGUCUUGAAGAAAACCGAUACAGUAUUAGGUGGUUUUGAUUCAUCAAACUAUGUGGCAGAAAGAAAGUGGGCCACUGUGUCAGAUGGUACUGAUAUUCCAUUAUCAGUUGUUUAUAGGAAGGAUCUUGUGAAGCUUGAUGGUUCUGAUCCGUUGUUGUUAUAUGGCUAUGGAUCAUAUGAGAUUUGCAUAGAUCCUGCUUUCAAAGCAUCAAGGUUAUCCUUGUUGGACCGUGGCUUCAUAUUUGCAAUAGCUCAUAUACGUGGUGGUGGAGAAAUGGGUAGGAAAUGGUACGAGAAUGGAAAAUUAUUGAAGAAGCUGAACACGUUCACUGAUUUCAUAGCAUGUGCUGAGUAUCUUAUAGAAAAUAAGUACUGUUCAAAAGAAAAGCUCUGCAUACAUGGAAGAAGUGCUGGAGGAUUGCUAAUUGGUGGCGUAUUGAAUAUGCGCCCUGAUUUAUUUAAGGCUGCUGUACUUGGUGUACCUUUUGUUGAUGUUGUGACAACAAUGCUUGAUCCAACGAUUCCUCUGACAACUGCCGAAUGGGAGGAAUGGGGUGAUCCUCGGGAAAAGGAGUUCUAUUUUUACAUGAAAUCUUAUUCCCCAGUAGAUAAUGUUAAAGCGCAAAACUAUCCUCAUAUACUGGUUACAGCUGGCUUACAUGAUCCCCGUGUGAUGUACUCGGAACCUGCUAAAUUUGUGGCAAAACUGAGGGAAUUGAAGACUGAUGACAACACACUGCUGUUUAAAUGUGAAUUUGGCGCAGGACACUUUGCUAAAUCUGGAAGAUUUGAGAAGCUCCAGGAUGAUGCCUUGACAUUCACAUUCCUGUUAAAGAUUUUAAACAUGAUUCCUGCGCACGAAACAGCUUAAUGAUGAUCUGUCACUAGUUGCCAAUUCUCCCAUGCAGCCUGUUCGCUGAAGGUCGUUCAAGUUUGUUUGGAGAUGAUGGUGUCUUCCUUGCUACUAUGAUAAAUGAAGGCUUUUGUCUCUGGAGAUAAUCAAUUCAAGCUGAAAACUUCUGUAGCCAACCAACUUCAGAAGUUUUGCUGAAGCAACCUUUCACGAUUAGAGUAGAUCAAUUGUUUUAACUACACUUGUAUUUAUUUGAUUUGAUUUUAUUGAAUUAUUUAGUUACUAUUAAAAAGUGGAUCAGGAAUUAUGUUAUACACUGAUAAUCACCUGCUAUCAUCAUAAGCAACUCCAUUAAAUUGUAAAAUGGGAUUGGUGAGAAUGUUUCUUUCUGAUUUAAUUGGAACACCUAUCAAAGAAUUUUCAGGAAAAAA